CACAGACUGCACGCGACAUCAGGUCUGCACGCAGUCCUGUCUCGCCUGCUGCUCUGCCUCGCUCCUCUUGACUCUCCUCCUUCCUUGGGGUCAACUGCCACUGAGUCUCGGCUAGCCAUCGUGCUGUGAUCUGAUGUGAAAAGAGAGAAGACACACAUCACAUCGUCUCUCCUUCGCCCUUUACUUCGCUUCAGUAACUCACAGUCAGGCUAAUAUUUGAUUAAGCGGCUGAGUGAAAGCGAGGUAAUCCCGCGGCUCCUCCCUCACCCCGCUGCCGCGUGGACUAUGGCUAUUGGCAGGCUGGCGGUGGACUUGGGCUCUUCUAAGUACUUUCUGGUUCCCGUGGCUUUCCUCAUCUGCUGGGAUUCAAUUUCGCCAGCCACUCGAUCCACCGCGAUGUGAGGAUGCUGUGUCGCAGAAAAAGUGUCCCCGUGUGCCGCUCUAUCCCCUGCCGGUCCCUCUCUCCUCACCUAGCGCCACGAUGACUGCCAGAGAGAAAGCAAAGAACAGCAAGCUAGAGUUCUUUCUGAAGAAGAACUUUCAUCCUACUGUCUACAACAACAUAAGGCUGUACGAGGCGGUGAUCGUUCGCUCCGGCAACUCACUGUCGUACAAGCAGGCGGUGGUGACUGGUCAGGAUGUGUACCUGACGGAGACGCCGCCGCGCACCCUCACCCACCUGCUGCACGCCUCGCAUAUCACGGACGUCAGCCUGGUGCAUGACUUGCCUGAAUUCCUGCGAGGUGGAGUGAGGGACAAGACCACACACAUCCUGGUGAGAUACCGUCCCUCCAGACGCUCCUCACUAGUCAAGCUGAAACUGUCCCCUCCCUCCCAGCCCAGCCCUUCUUGCAUCAAUGAAGAGAGUGAAGAGGAGGAUGCCUUUGAGGAAGCCACUCAUGCCCUGGCCAAGGCAGCUCAUGACACUGCCAGUGUGUGCAGUGACCCCCUUACUUCCCUCCACACCCCCAGAGACUCUUUGGAUGGAAGACGGGACUCCUUCUCCUUAAACAGAGAACCCCUUCUGUCUAGUAGGAGCUCCUCUCACCUGCUCCUACCUUCCAACCAUGAUCAAGUGUCUUCUUUAAGCCGUGCCAAAUCACCUCCGGAUCACAUUUACAGUGACCACUCUCACUCAUCCAUGAUUGCAGAUGUCCUGAGCAGAGUGGGACAACAGAUAACUCGGUCAACAACACCAGACACUCUUCCUCGCACCAAGAUGUCUCGGUCCCUGAGCGCUCUUGAGACUUACCACCGCUCCUCCCCACUGGCCCUUGAGCUUCCUACAAGAAGCAAAAGUGUCUUAGAUAAACCUUCAACUGGGCACCAACCUCAGCGUAGUCAAAGCCUAAACCUGAGAGAUGUGACAGAUGGAAAUGAUGAUGAGAGAGAAGUUCAUCUGUAUACACUUUCAACUUCUACCCUCCUUUUCCACCUGCUCCAUUCCCUUUGGGUUUCUUCUUCUCUAAUCAAUACAGCUAAACCUGAAGGAAUAAGACCAGUGUUUCCUGAGAUCUCUAGUGAGCAUGGGUUAGAACAUGCUUUUGGUCAAAUACAAGCACAACUUUUAACAUCUUCAACAUUGGAGCACCAAUUUUCCAUCUUGCAAGAACUUCAAGAAGGUGUCAAGAAAUUUAGUACUGUUAAAAGGCUUGUGUGGAGGGAUUCUGAUACUUUAAAAAUCAUGGGAAAAUUCAUCAAGAGAUAUAUGAAAAUGUCAAGUGCUUCUCAUAGAACUCAAGGCACGGAAGAGCAGCUUCAAAACCGACAAGAUGAAUUGGAAAUGUUGAUAAUGACACUGGAGACUGUUGCAUUGUGUCUCCAGGGAACACAGCAAUGUCCCUCUAAGAUUAAGGUGAUGAGAGAAAACAAAUUUGAAUGUCUGUGCACCCUUAUAACUGAAACUAUCAAAGCACCAGAGGUUCCUGGAAUGUACAAGUUAACAUGUGAACGUUGGCUUACUGACUUCAGGGAGCUGUCAUCACGUGCCUGGGAGAACCUGCCUGAGAGUGAGCUUCUGAAGCUAGUGCAGGAAGUGCUACAUGCAAGUGUCUGUGCCCUUUAUGAACUACUGAACUGUGUUACUGAACUGUCCUGGGCCUGUGGUGUUCACCUCAGUGCACAUGAGAAUAUACCUAGCUUGACAACUUUCCUCCAGCAUGUCUCAGUGGAAAACUGGCUGUUCUAUGGUGUGCCUCAGAUGCUUUCAUUGCUGCAGCCAGAUAGUAGUGGUGCAGCUAGUGGGUAUGAAGCAGCACUUAUCCAUCAGUACUGCACUGUUCUUGCUAAUCUGAUCCACCAUAAUCCUCGAGCACUGCAGUACUGUAUCACAACUUAUGCAGAGGAGCUAAGAUAUUACGUUCAAGAGUCUGUGGUGAGUAGUCGACUUGGGGAAAACUGUCCAAUAAAACCUCAUACCCUCAAAGUGGUUCACCUGAUUGCUCAGCUGAUGCGAUCCAAGAAUGCUCUUCGGAACAGAUGAGUAUCCAUAUUUUGCACUCAGAACUUGUUAUGCUAAUCAUCAUUCUAUGUUUGAUAUAAUUUAAUUAUACAUGAAUUCAUUUACAAAACUCUUCCAUCAUUAUAUCAUCAUUGUAUCAUAAAGCUUAACCAAGUUAUAGCUACUAUAUGUGGAUGUUGAAUACUUUCAGACCUCAGAUUUGAAACAUUAACUUUCAGAAUUUUCUAUAGUUUGACAUUGAGACUAUGUAUACAUAUGUGAUAUUGUGCUGCACAUAUGCACCUGUUCAGUAUUGCCAAAGAUUAUUGUGAAUGCAUUUCCUUAGAAGUGUGUUGUGAUUAUUGUUCAAAUAAACUACUAUAGUAUAGCUUACAUAUUUUCUUUUCUUGUUCUGAAAUAUUUUGUUUACUAUAUUGAUAUUAGCAGUACAUACUCUUCAUUAUGUGGGAACUGGCUUGGCGAUGUCUCCUUAAUAACCUGCAGUCUUUCCCACUGCUGUUAUCAUAAUUUGUGUUUCAUGAUACAUGAAAUUUUAAGCAUCAUUACUUGGCAUGCAUGCCAAUAUAUUCAGGUAAAGCUAUAUACAAACACCAGUAGUGCCUACAAUAAAUUUUGUACUGUAUCACAUUGUGUGUGUGUGUGUGUGUGUGUGUGUGUGUGUGUGUGUGUGUGUGUGUGUGUGUGUGUGUGUGUGUGUGUCUGUGUGUGUGUGCAUGUGUGUGUUACUUCACCAAGUAGGGAAGAGCAAAUAUAUUAUACUCACUAAACUUAUUCUUUUCUUCACUUUAUGGAUCAUGUAAAAUAGUACAUAAUUAUGCAGAGCAAAAUUUCCCUGCCAUUUUACUUAUCAUAAUGAGUACAAAUUAGUCAUUAAUCAAGCAUUGAACAAAAUAAUCCAGGCUUAAAGAAUGACAAUAUUCAAAUUUAGAGAUAUGUACAUAUCAUGAAAGGGAGAUAUUUUCAUUUAUCCAGAACUUAAUACAGAUACAGUUUCUGGUGAAGGCUUCUCUAUGAUGGAUAACAAAAGAUACAGAAUUUCUCCAUGCAUAUUUGGGAAUGCUUGUAAAAGAUUUUUUUUUUUAUUACAUCCAUUAAUUGAAAACCAUUUUCAUUCUUCCCACUUACAGUAUACUAUAUUUUUUCAUUAAACAUGGAUUCUACUUUUCAAACAUUUGACAAGUUAUUCAAAGUACUUUUAACAGCUGUAGUAGAUAUUACUGAGGCUUCUCAAGGAUGAUUUCAUGAUUUUACUGACAUAGCUCAAUUGGAAAAUUACUCAAGAUCCUGGUAUUUUAUGUGGCCUUUGAAAAUAACCCUGUGUGUGUGUGUGUGUGUGUGUGUGUGUGUGUGUGUGUGUGUGUGUGUGUGUUCUUCCAUACUUGAUGAAGAACAUAUCAACCAUAAUGUGAAAUAUUUUAUAACUGUUGAUUUAUAUUUUAAAUAUGAAAUAUUAUGUACCAGUUAUCAGCAAAGACAAGUUAUUAUGAAUUUAGUAAAGUUUAGUUUAAGAAAUUAUAUUGUCUAUGAAUAUAUGAUGAACACUGAC